AAACUUUCAGUCUUUGUAUUCAAGAAUGGCGAAAGACAACACUGGUCUUCAUCACCAAACAGAAGCAAGAAGAAAAAAACUAACUUUGGUGCUUGGUGUAAGCGGGCUAUGUAUUUUGUUUUACGUUUUAGGGGCAUGGCAAACCAGUAAUAUCCCUUCUUCUUACUCCAAAAUAGGAUGUGAGACUCAGUCAAAUCCUUCUACCUCUUCCUCAUCUUCUGAGUCAUCUGACUUAGAUUUCAAAAGCCAUAAUCAGAUUGAGUUCAAGGAAACAAACCAAACCAUCAAGAACUUGGAACCAUGUGACUUGUCCCUCAGUGAAUACACACCUUGUGAAGAUCGACAAAGGGGAAGAAGAUUCGAUAGGAACAUGAUGAAAUAUAGAGAAAGGCAUUGUCCUUCAAAAGAUGAGCUUCUCUAUUGUUUGAUUCCUCCUCCACCGAACUACAAGAUUCCAUUCAAAUGGCCUCAGAGCAGAGACUAUGCUUGGUAUGAUAACAUCCCUCACAAGGAGCUCAGUGUUGAGAAGGCAGUCCAAAACUGGAUUCAAGUAGAAGGCGACCGGUUUAGAUUCCCUGGUGGUGGAACUAUGUUCCCCCGUGGAGCUGAUGCAUACAUAGAUGACAUUGCCAGGCUCAUUCCUCUUACUGCUGGUGGAAUUAGAACAGCUAUUGACACUGGAUGUGGUGUUGCGAGUUUUGGUGCUUACCUCUUGAAGAGAGACAUUUUGGCUGUGUCUUUUGCACCAAGAGACACACAUGAAGCUCAGGUCCAGUUUGCUUUAGAACGUGGAGUUCCUGCCAUAAUCGGGAUCAUGGGAUCAAAAAGACUUCCUUAUCCAGCUAGAGCUUUUGAUCUUGCUCAUUGUUCUCGUUGCUUGAUCCCUUGGUUUAAAAAUAAGGGGUUGUACCUGAUGGAGGUUGACCGGGUAUUAAGACCGGGCGGUUACUGGAUCCUCUCUGGACCACCUAUAAACUGGAAACAGUACUGGAGAGGAUGGGAAAGAACAGAGGAGGAUUUAAAGAAAGAACAAGAUUCAAUAGAGGAUGUAGCAAAGAGUCUUUGCUGGAAGAAAGUGAUUGAGAAAGGUGAUUUAGCCAUUUGGAGAAAGCCUAUCAAUCACAUUGAGUGUAAGAAGCUCAAACAAAAAAACAACUCACCUCCACUAUGCACCUCGGACAACGCAGACUUCGCUUGGUACAAAGACUUGGAAUCUUGCGUAACGCCAUUACCAGAAACAAACAAUCCAGAGGAAUCCUCAGACGGUGCGCUCGAGGAUUGGCCAGACAGAGCAUUUGCGGUUCCUCCUAGGAUCAUUAGAGGAACGAUACAAGACAUCAACGCGGAGAAAUUUCGAGAAGACAACGAGGUUUGGAAAGAGAGGAUAGGUUAUUACAAGAAGAUAGUCCCAGAGAUUUCACAUGGAAGGUUCAGGAACAUAAUGGACAUGAACGCUUACCUCGGUGGAUUCGCUGCUUCCAUGCUGAAAUACCCGUCAUGGGUCAUGAAUGUUGUUCCGGUCGAUGCAGAGAAACAAACGUUAGGUGUGAUCUACGAGCGUGGAUUGAUUGGAACGUAUCAAGACUGGUGUGAAGGAUUCUCUACUUAUCCAAGAACUUAUGAUAUGAUUCAUGCAGGAGGUUUGUUCAGCUUAUACGAAAACAGGUGUGAUUUGACGUUGAUAUUGUUGGAGAUGGAUCGAAUACUGAGACCAGAAGGAACGGUUGUGAUGAGAGAUAAUGUGGAGACGUUGACGAAAGUAGAAAGGAUAGCGAAGGGAAUGAAGUGGAACACUCAGAUUGUGGAUCAUGAGAAAGGUCCUUACAAUCCUGAGAAGAUUCUUGUUGCUGUUAAAACUUAUUGGACUGGUCAGCCUUCUAACAACAACAACAACAACUAGUGUUCCCAACUCUCUUUGGUUGCUGGAAGUCCAAUGUCCUCUCUUGUGUGUUUUUCUAAAGCUAAAUUUCUGUUUUGUACUUCUUUUCUAAAAUCAUGUUUAAUGACGCAACAGGCUUAGAACCAAACGAUUUCAAGAAUACUUUCUUUUUUUUUGUCAACAAGAAAGAUGGGUUAGACUUCAAGAAGACUUUCAA